UCUCCACAAUUUCAUAAAAAAUCGGAACUUCCGUCUUCGUAACGUGUGUAAACUUUGAUUAACACCGAAGUCUGACAACUGUCAAAUGACAAGUCCCCCUCGAAUACUACGUUUGGACGAUUGAAAUGGCAGCAGAGAUAAAGCCCGCCCAAGGAGUAAAUCAUGACAAAUUCAGUACCAGUCGCAAACCGAUACUUCUAUCGAAAUUAGAAGGAUGCAACGACGAUGUCAAUGCGGCUGUUAUUAUACCCCGAGAAGAUGGUGUAAUUAGUGUUUGCGAUGACAGAACUGUCAGAGUAUGGUUGAAACGAGAUUCUGGCCAAUAUUGGCCAAGUGUCUGCCAGUACAUGGCUGCUGGUGCAACAUCCAUGCACUACUGUGUACAAAGUAGACAACUGUUCGUCGGUUUGGAAAAUGGAACUAUAAAUGAAUUCAUUCUCGAACAAGAUUACAAUCGGAUGACUGCCAUGCGUGAAUACACAGCUCAUCAAGCAAGGGUUACAGGUGUCAUAUUUGCACCAGAUUGUGAAUGGGUUUUAAGCAUAGGUCGGGAUAAAAUGUUUCAAUUACAUUCUUCAGAAACAGGACAGAAAUUAGGAGUCUAUCAGACAGAUGCAUGGUACACCGCUUUACAAUUUGAUGCACAAUCAAAACAUGCAUUUGUCGGUGAUUACUCUGGACAAAUAGCAAUGUUGAAAUUAGAUGGUAACGGUGUUACACUAAUUACUACGUUAAAAGCACACACAGGGAGCAUUCACACGUUAGCAUGGGACUCGGAGAAACAACUUCUGUUCUCCGGAAGUUUCGAUCAAAGUAUUAUAGUAUGGGACAUUGGGGGUCGUCAGGGUACGGCAUACGAACUUCAAGGACAUCACAAUAAAGUAACUGCAUUGUGCUAUGCAAGCGGAGAACGUGUCUUACUGUCAGGAGGAGAGGAUGGUGUGAUUGUGUGUUGGGACAUGGCUGCGCAGAGAAAAGAAACUGCAGCAUGGGUAGAAUCAGAUACGUGCCAAGCUUGUGGAAGACCAUUCUUUUGGAACAUUAAAGCAAUGAUGGAUCAACGACAAUUGGGUCUGAGGCAGCAUCAUUGCCGUCACUGCGGUCGUGCAUUAUGCGCACGAUGUACAUCACAACGAAUACCGAUACCAGCGAUGGGCUUCGAAUUUGAAGUGAGAGUGUGCGAUCAGUGUCACAUACAACUUAAAGCUGCGAACCAAACAUCUCUAGCUUCGUUCCAUGACGCGAAACAUAGUGUCGUCGGAAUGGAUCUCGAUGCUCCUAGGCGAAGAUUGCUGACCAUUGGUCAAGAUCGUCUAAUCAAGAUUUGGGAUAUUUCCGCGCUCCUCCAAUGAACUUCCAAAUAUGUUAUCAACAAAUAACGAAACUAAUCAAAUCGUAAGAUAUAAGAGAAAAUGCUGUCAUACUUCGAUGUAAAACUGUAAUAUCCUGAUCCUAUUUUUACGAUAAUUACGAUGCAUUUCGGAAUCAGUUUGUUUCAUUACAAGGAACCAUAGGUUUUUAUAUAUGUAUACUAAGAUCCGCUUCUUAUACAAAAAAAUGAUGAAAUCCUAAAACGUUCUCUUAUGCCAGAAUAGAAUGCUCACAACAUCGAAAACGAACACUACGUUUCACUUACAAGUACUUUUCCAGUAAAAAUGAUGCAACUUCGUAUGACUUGUAGGUAAUAGUAUAUUUUUUAAUAUUUCUUAUUUCUAGUAUGAUCGUAUUUAAAAACGACCAAAGUAUGAAUCAUUAGGUUCGAUAUCUUUUAAACGGACCUGUUAUCAAUAUGUUAUAGCUAAUCAAAGUCAAGAUGGGAAGAGUUGAUUUUAGUCAAUUUCCUUUGUUGCAAAUAUGCAUGUAUCAUUUCUAAAACAACAAAAAUGGGUAAAACUCUAUAAGAAACUGCUUUUUUAACACUUUACAAUAGACAGUGUUAAUAUUCUAAACGACAGGUGCAUUAAGAUAUCAAGUUUACGUUAUAAAUAAUGUAAUAUAAAGGUGCAA